CAGCAAGUGUCGCUGGCUAGGUUAAGUCUCUUCAUGAGGAAAUUUUAAAACUUUUUGUAUAAAAAUAUUAAUAUGUUGCGACACCUCAACGCUCUUGUCGAACCUUCCGUAAAAUAUUUUCAGGCCAACAAUCAAUGGGUCAGUGUUCUGUUCACUGCUCGCAUUGAGGCCAAAACAUUUUCAACGUCGCCCCAAAAACCAGAACCUCAACUGAAAAAAAACGUGAGCAAGGCAAUGAAGGCGUACCUUGAGCGUGCUAAAGAACACGAUGAGUUUAUGAAGCAACAGAAUGUUGAAUUUCAGAUUGGAAAGAGGCAUUUAGCUAAUAUGAUGGGGGAGAAUCCAGACACAUUUUCACAAGAGGAUAUAGAUAAUGCUAUUCAAUAUUUGUUUCCAUCGGGGCUAUUUGAGAAAAAAGCGAGGCCAUUUAUGCGUCCCCCUGAAGAGGUCUUUCCGCAAAGAAAAGCGGCAGAGUUUGAUGAAACGGGCAGACCGUACCAUUUUUUGUUUUAUACAGGGAAACCGAAUUAUUAUAAGUUGAUGCAUGAUAUUGUUGACCAUAUAAAUGAAGCUUAUAAAUUUGAGGAUACAAUGAUUAGAAAAGGGAUAAAGCCAGAUCCGAAUUUAGCACUAGAUAUGUCAGGCUUUCAAUGGAUUGAUAAAGAAUCAUUAGAAGCUGAAUUGGUUGAAACUAUUGGUGAUAAAGAUUAUGAAACCUUUAGUACCACCAUGGAUAGACUGUAUAAAUUACCUUACUCCUAUAGAUCAAAAGAUUUUCUUUUCAAAUACAGAAAACCGUUAAUGAGUCAUGAAAAAACUUAUCAGGCUCCCAAACCGCAAUAUGAUGCUGAUGGACGCGCAUUUAUUACAACAUAUGAGUGCCUAAGAAAACGAGCUCGCGGACAUGUUACUAUAAGAUCGCCUGGAACUGGCAAGGUAACAGUAAAUAAUCAAGACCUGACAUAUUUUGCAGAAGUUCAAUCAAGGGAACAAAUUCUCUUCCCGUUGUUGUUCACCAACAUGCACACUAAAGUCGAUGUGGAGGCCUUUGUAGAGGGUGGCGGCACCUCCAGUCAAGCUGGGGCAAUUAGGUGGGGUGUAGCAUGGGGUUUGAGGAGUUUCCUAGACCACGAGACCAUUGAAAAAAUGCGAUUAGCUGGUCUACUGACGAGGGACUACCGCACAAAAGAACGACAGAAGCCUGGUCAAGAGAAAGCUAGAAAGAAAUUUACUUGGAAAAAACGUUAAAAUACCUAGGAUUUUCAUUCCUUCUCCUAGAACGCGCCUGGCAGUGCUGAAUAAGAGUAAUCUUUGGGACGCAACCUCUGGAUCUGCGCUCUUCACUUGUAACACUUUGAAGGCUCUGUUAAUAUGGUUGCUAAAAUAAUUCCUGAUUAAUAAAGCUGUAAAUAAUA